AUGAUACUCGCUCUACAUACCCUACUUUGCGUUCUUCUCUCCCAAAUCGACAAUAUGAGCUUCCACGAAUCUGCUUCACAAAUCGAGCUUGAGGAUGGUCACAUCCUCAAGGCUGUGCUUCGCAAUGAGGAUGGUGAUGAGGAGGAGUCUACCAUUGAUCUCAAUGAUCACAUCGGGAACGACAAUGGACAAUUCCAAUGGGAUGGCGGGGACUUCCAGUCCAGUGCGGAUGAUAUCAGCUUCGAUCGCGAGGGAGACGACGGCACCCCUAUUCUGCGGGCUAUCUUGCGCGAUGUCGAGGGAGAGGAACACCAUGCGGAUAUCAAUCUGUCCGAGCGCAUUGGAAACGAUAAUGGAAACUUGGUCUUCAACUAG